UGGCGGGUUCGCCGCAAAGGGGCGGGGACGGCGCCUGGAGCAAUGGCGGCGGCCGCGGCGGCCCGGUUGAGGCCUGAGGCGGCCGCCGGAGGGAUGCCCACGGGCGGGACGAGGCCCGGGCGGAGGCGGAGGCAGAAGGCGGCGAGGGCGUGAUGUAGGCGGCGCCAUGGAGCAGGAGCCGCAGCCCAGGAGGAACCCGCGGAGGGAGGCCCAGGCCGGGUGGGCCGCCGCCGCCUUGCUGGGCCGGGAGAGGCAGGCACGUGAGUACUGCCCUGGGGUGAACAACCAGCCCUACGUGUGUGAGACGGGCCACUGCUGUGGGGAGACGGGCUGCUGCAUCUAUUAUUACGAACUCUGGUGGUUCUGGCUUCUCUGGACGGUGCUGUUCCUCUUUGGCUGCUGCUGUGCUUACCGACACCGCCGGGCCAAACUGCGCCUGCAGCAGCAGCAACGGCAGCGGGAGAUCAACCUCAUCGCCUACCACGGUGCCUGCAACUACCCUCCGUCCAUGGUGGACCUCAGGAUGCUGGCUUCCUUCAAGCUGCCUGCCUAUGAGGAGGUGGCCCACCGCCCGACCACCCCUCCGCCCCCCUACAGUGCCAUCCUGGGAAGCGCCGCCAGCCGCCGGGGCUCCAGCACCUUGACGCUGACGGGCAGCUCAGAGAACUACACCAGCUGCUCCUGCGAGUCCAGCUGCCUGACCUCCCCCAGCAGCACCUCGCUCUCGGCCACAGAGGCCAGCACCCCCAGCGAGGCCGAGAUGGAUGGAGCUGGGGCCUGCAGCAGUGGCAACGCGGUGGGCAGCUGGGAGCAGGCCGAACGGUCGGAGGGAGGCCCCUCUGCGGCCCCGUCCCCCAGGCACGCCCUCUUCUCCUCUAACGUGGAGCUCUUUGACGGCGACCCACAAAGGCGACCCUCUGACAGCGAGGAGGGUUCGGAGCCCCUGGAGGAAGGGGAGCACUCCCGGCACCGGCGCCUGACAGGGGACUCUGGGAUUGAGGUGGGGCGUGGCCAGGAGGACGAGGAGGAGGAAGACGAGGAGGAGGAGGAAGCCGCCCGCCUGCUCGAGAAGGGGGGCCCUUGCUCUCCCUCCGGCACCGAGGCCCGGAGCCUGUGCGGGGGGCUGGCAGAGGGAGACCCCGAGGAGCUGUCCCGCCCCGCCAGCUCCCCCUCACCAACGCUGCCUGUUUGAGGGGACCGGUCCCACUUGGCCCCCACCUCAGAAAACUGCGCCAGGCGGCCCAGCAUCAUGGCCAGCAAGGGCCUGUCCCCGCUGCGGUUCACUGUGGAGAACUCCCGCCUUAGCACCAACACUGCCCUCCGCUGCUGCUGCCGCCGGCUCUCACGCUCCCCCCUCGUGCCCUGCCCUGCUUAGACAAUGUGUCGGUCGUGCUCUGUCCUCCCAGCUCUGUGACCAAAGGUCUGCUUCCUCUUCCUCCCCCACAGACAUUUGGGUGCUGACUUGGGGCUGGGGCGGGGGGCGUAUGACUUCUGUAGCAGCUGUGUGUGUACAUGUGCAUACGUGUGUGUGCGUGUGUGUCUCCUGCUGUGCUCCAUAGCAUUUGGUGCGAGCUGUCGCUCUACCUCCCGUGGGGCGGGCAGACCCUUCCCCUGAGCAUCCGCACUGGGCUUGGGCUUGGCUGGCUGCAUGACUAAGGAGGGGUCCCUGCUGUGGAGGCCGGCCUCCUCCCCCACUCCCUCCCAGAUCCCACCACCAAUGGGCUGGGCUGGGAGUGGGGAGCUGGCCUUCCCCUUUCGGGCUGCUUGAGGCAGCUUGGGUGGCCCAUGCCCUGCCAGUGCCUGGGAGCCUUUGGAGUGUAUGUGGUGGUGGUGGGCUCUACAGCCCUGCGGAAUGGGGCGGCGGGGUGUGCUUACUAUUAAAGAGAUGUGGAAAGA